AUGCAAAUAGACAUUAAUAAAGUAACAGACAAUCAUGUUCAGCAGUAUGGUGAAGUCAAUCAAUUAGGAGGAGUUUUCGUUAAUGUAAUUCGUAAUAAAAUCGCUUAUAAAUCUGUUGACUUAAUGUUGUCAUUAUUCCAGGGCCGUCCAUUGCCGAAUGGUACACGAAUGCGAAUAGUUGAGUUGGCACGGUUGGGAAUUCGACCGUGUGACAUUUCCAGACAGUUGAGAGUCAGUCACGGCUGUGUGUCAAAGAUCUUAGCAAGAUACCAUGAAACAGGUUCAAUUCUUCCGGGAGCGAUUGGUGGAUCGAAACCUCGAGUUACAACACCGAAGGUUGUUAAUUACAUUCGGGAACUUAAGAUGAAAGAUCCUGGAAUAUUUGCAUGGGAAAUUCGUGAUCGACUACUUGCCGACGGAGUUUGUGAUAAGAAUAAUGUUCCUAGUGUCAGCUCCAUUUCUAGAAUCUUAAGAAAUAAAGUCACCAAUCAUCAUCAUCAUCACCAUAGUUCAGCAAUUUCCCAUUCACACCCACACUUAUACAAUUCAAUUUAUCCAACUUAUCCUUAUGGAACGCCACCACCAAUCAAAAGUGAAAAUUCACCAAACACAUCGUCGUCGUGCGGUAGUCCAUCACCACCAAACAACGUCAUUUCAAGGAACUCACAUUGUCAUCAUUGGCCACCAUUGUCACAUGGCAGCAUUACGCACUCAGUCAGUGAUAUUCUGAACUUCAACCAGAAAUUCGUUCAACCACAAACGUCACCUCAAUUAGCUACAUCUCAGAUGAUUAAUUCACAUGAUCCAGCACAGAAUUCACAGAACUACAAUUACUACAUGUACUUUCAAAGCACUGGAAUGCAUGGCAAUGGCAUUUCAACGGGAGCAAACUUAUAAACUUACUCAAUUUUCACCUUUUUUCCUCGAAUUUCUUCUCAAUUUUCUUUUUUACUUUGUGAUAAAAUUUUCUAAGAAUUUUGUUCUCGUAUGUGCAUGACAUUUGAGAGGCGUUAAAGCUACUGAUUGUGCCAGUUUCUCGAUAUUACUGUCGACUAACAUGCCAACAUGUAAAUUUUUCUUAAGAUUUUUGUUUCCUUCUGUUGAUUUCAUUUCAUUAUUUUGGAGCGAGUUUUUGUUUUUGUUUCUAGUCUUUGUGCCUUUUUUUCUCCUAUUAUUACGUGCCUCUAUUUAGAAUUGUUAAGUGAACGAAGAAAAAGAAUUCGAAAAACAAAAAGACAUUCUUAUCAGACGCUGUUACGACGAAUUUGUAUGAAAUUUAAUUUGUAGAUUUGUGGAAAUUGACCAAUAAAAAUUUGAUUCGUUCGUGACAAAUCAAGCAGCAAAGCGUAAAGUCUCAAAAAUUAAUAAUGUUAAUACUUUUAUUCUUGAAAUUAGAUUGUGGAAUGGAAAUAAUACAAAUGUAUAAAAAUAUAGCAAAACACUUAUGCACUAAUGAAGAAUUUAAUAGUUGAACUAAAUAAAAUCGAAUUGAAUUAAUAAAGAAAGUUUUUAAUUAUUUCUAAAUUUAAUAAAUUUUUACAGUGGA